UUUUGAACUUCAUGUGACAUCACCUUCAUCUUUUUUUUUUUUUACUAUAUUGUUUGUUUUUGCUAGUGACAAUUGAUACCCACCUUUUGUUUUUGUUUUUGUUUCCUUUAGUGAUUUUGAGUGUGUUUUUUUUUAUGAGGUUUUGAUUGAUUUUAAGUUGGGUUGUUAAGCUUCUUUUUUUAUGAGGUCUUGGUUGAUUGUGAGUUGGGCUGUUAAGCUUCUUCUUUUUUUGUGUUGUGGGGUUACUUUGAAUGUCUUGGUAAUGGUGUUUUUAUGUUGCUAACAAUUUUUCUGUGUGUUUUGGUUCAUCUUUGGUGGUAAUUCAAUUGGAUUCAGGUGGUUGGUAUUGGCGUUUUUCUUUUUAUGGUGGAAGUAUGGUUUUGAUGUGUUGAACCUGAUGAUUAUCUCUACCAAAGGGCUAUUAAGCUUCUUCUUUUUUUUGGUUGAUUGUGAGUUGGGCUGUUAAGCUUCUUCUUUUUUUUUGUGUUGUGGGGUUACUUUGAAUGUUUUGGUAAUGGUGUUUUUAUGUUGCUAACAAUUUUUCUGUGUGUUUUGGUUCAUCUUUAGUGGUAAUUCAAUUGGAUUCAGGUGGUUGGUAUUGGCGUUUUUCUUUUUAUGGUGGAAGUAUGGUUUUGAUGUGUUGAACCUGAUGAUUAUCUCUACCAAAGGAUGGAGUUUUCAUGGUUUAAGAUACAGUGGUAGUUUACUACAGAAAACAGCUUCUAGGGUGUCUGUACGGAUGCUAUUAGGUUUUGAUAUAAAUCUAAGUGUUCGAAUUGGAUUGUGUAGGGUGUUUGAUUUACAGGACGGUUUCUAUGUUUUUUUUGCUCUUUUUUUCCUAGUUUUCGCAGAUAAUUUCUUUCUCAAGCGUUUACGCAAUGUAAGAUUAUCUUCUGAAAAGAAUUUCCCUUCUUAAGUCCUUAUGCUAUUUCAUAUGGCUUGCAACACCUGUUGAAUUAAAUUGAUGAGAUCCUGAGACUGGCUGUUUCCAUUCCAACCUCAUCUCACUGAACUAACUUCCUUCUUGAUGUCCUUCAGUAAUGGAAGGUGGGCUUUAUAAUUUUUGAAAUGUUGUGGGCCAAAAGCUUCUGUGACCAGAAUUAAUUUCACCAUUUUGGAUUUAAUGUGCCAGAAUCCAAUUUCACUGCUAGCUUGUCUUCUAUUGUUUCCAUAAUGGGAAACGUUUAAAUUUGUAACUAGUGUUUGUGUUACUGGCACUGGUUUCAUUCACUUCCUUUGUUCAUCAGUGUUUAGUUGUUUCUUUGGAAAGGGAAAUGAUGAGAAAUUCUGCAUCUCAGAAGGCAUCGUCAUUGAGUCCCGGUAACAGGAGUGUUGGGCCAUUGUUUUCAUCAUCUUCUAGAUUUUCCAAUGAUAUGCAUGUCUCUUCAGUUUCACCACAAGGAAGGCAGUCUCAUAAUUCUCCAUUCAUUUCUCAGUCACUAAGGGACAGAGGAAAUUUUACACCAACCCAUGAUUCUCAUUCAGAAGUGCAAUCCGCAGAAUUCAUUGCUUACUCUGAUGAAAAUAAGGAUCUCUCCUGGCCUGUUGAUCCACUUCAGGACUUGCUUGAUUUUGCUGAAAAUGUCCAUGUCCAAAAUGGUCAGGUGGAAAGCAGUGCAGGUGUCUUUGCAUCCGAGGAUCAUGCUAAGCGAACAGACUGGCAAAAGUGGGCAGAUCAGUUGAUCUCUGUUGAUGAUGAACUGGAACCAAAUUGGAGUGAAAUUCUGAAUGAUGUCAACAAGACAGAUUCCAGACAGAAGGAGUUGAAGCCAUCUCCUAAUAUCUCAGUGCCACAACCCCCAAUUCAUCAGCAUCAAACUGCUCAUAGUGGAGAAGUAUGUGCUGUUGCUAAUCCACUGUCCGCUGCACCCACAACAAAACCCCGAAUGCGCUGGACACCAGAACUUCAUGAGGCUUUUGUAGAAGCUGUCAAUCAGCUUGGGGGUAGUGAAAGAGCUACUCCCAAGGGUGUCUUAAAGCACAUGAAUGUUGAAGGCUUGACCAUCUAUCACGUUAAAAGCCACCUGCAGAAGUACAGAAGUGCUAGAUAUAAACCAGAGUCAUCUGAUGAGAAAAAAACGAGUCCCAUUGAAGAAAUGAAAUCUCUUGACUUGAAGACGAGUAUGGGGAUCACAGAAGCAUUGCGAUUGCAAAUGGAAGUGCAGAAGCGACUCCACGAACAACUUGAGAUCCAGAGAAAUUUACAAUUGAGGAUCGAGGAGCAGGGGAGGUAUCUUCAAGAGAUGUUUGAGAAACAAAGAAAGAUUGAGGAUGACAAGUCCAAGGCUCCUUCCUCCUCCCAAGACGACCCUUCCCUUCUACAAGCAAAGUUAGAGCAGUCAUCUGCAAAUAACAAAUUAGAAGCCUCAGAGUUGGACCUUGUCAAAACUAGUAAUGAGAGUGCUUUACUAGAAGAAAGUUCCCAGAGUAUAAGCAGAAAGCAAAAGGCACCAGAGGAAAGAAACGAUCAGGUCCUUGAUCAAAUUGAUGAGGAAUCCAGUCCAGCACCAAUAAAACGACCAAGAAGAGAUGAAACAGCUGAAUUGUCUACCGGGGCUGCAUCCAAUUGAACAUGUUUAUAACAAUAGACAGCUUGCUGCUCCUGGAGAUGAUGUGGUAAACCCUGAAUAAAAGUUUCGUGUCCCAUAAGAUGAGUCGCAAUCACUGAGGACCAGGAAAUUUUGGAACUUAAAACAUUUAUGUUAACUCUGCUCAUCUAGCCAAGAAUCAAAUGCUCCACAAUGAUUUCUCAACUUGUGACAUUUUUCAGUUUAGGGGGGAUUUACUGUAUAUGCUCGUGCUAUGGACUUUUAUUUUUAUGCUCAUGCAAUUGUAAUUAUCGAAAGAAUUUGUAGCUUACAAUCGAACAGUAAUUCAUGUAAACGGUGACCUUGUUGGUGCAUCAAUUCAAUAGAAGCUCUUGAUGGAGUUGGUUAUGGAA